UUUUAUGUUUUAACCUUUGAUCCUCCUUACCUUAGAGACCGGUACAGAGUUCUAAAACUUUCAGUAUUACAAUAAAAUUAUGGCGCAGAACUUAAGAACAGAGUACAUUCAGAGUGUACUGGCAAAGAACAAAGUGAAGAUCUUUCAAAGGAAAUUUCCAGUGAAUGAAGUCCCAGUUUUCUUGAAAACCAAAUUAGAUAACCGAGUAUAUCGGGGUGUGAUGGUGGGCAGUGUGCUGGGGAUCGCCCUCUCUGGACUGUUUAUAGGAAUGAUGGCAACCAACACCAUGCCAAAGAAAGAAAAAUCAUAACUCAUUAUGCUCGGACCAUCUAGCUAGUAGUUAUAGGACAUGUAUGUUUUGUUAGUUUGUCAUUAGUCCAUUGGAUUAGGCAUAGGGUUUGGCUUUCAACAAGCUGGUAGAUCUGAUAGUCCUUACCACAGAGUAUGUAACCGGAUGCGAGUCAGCCAAAGUAUCACCUUACGUCAUUGCGGUCACAUGUUUACUUGUAGUGAUUUGUACACACAAUGUCGUCACGGUCCUUACCAGAGUGUGUACCGGAUGAGUGUAUUGUGAUGUCACAAUAAGGGCUGGGUCAUCACGUGACACAUAACCUCUGCGACUCAGGACUCGACUAAUGCUAUACCGUUUGUAGAUCUAGAAGCUAUACCGACGAUAUACUGUAUUGACGCUAUCAAGUACACACAUAGGAGAUACUGAGCUGUGUUUUGUUGUCACCAAAGCCCACUAAAGCAUUAAGAAUCCUGUCAGAAAGGCAAGAUGCCGCCCCCUCCACCCCCACCUCCUCCUGCGGCCCCUCCACCACCACCCGCCUUUUCGAAGGCCAACACAGAGAAACCUAAACUGAACAAGAAGGAUCAAAACAAACGUGGUGCUCUAUUAGGGGACAUUCACAAGGGGAUGAAACUCAAGAAAGCGGUUACUAAUGACAGGAGCGGUCCCCUCGUUGAUACAAAAAAAGCUGCCCCUGGAGGUGGUGGUCCAUUGAGACCACCUGGAGGUGGCGGUGGCAGUAGCGGCAGUAGUGGAGGGGGAGGGGGAGGGGGAGGGGGGAUGGGUGGUCUCUUUGCCGGUGGUAUACCAAAACUGAAGAAGGUUGGUGGAGGUAGAAGUACUGGAAGUUUGUCAUCAACUGAGCCAACAUCGUCACUGCCAAGCACGGGUUUCAGACCACCCCCUCAGAUGUCCAAUGGCCCUCGGAACAACCUCACUAGCUCAUUAGGACCUCGCUCUCCUGCAUCGGGAGCACCCCCACCCCCCACACGCUCCACACCUGCCCUCGCACGCCCUACACCCCCCACAAAGUCACCAUCCCCAGUUUCAUCGCGACCUUUGCCCCCACCUGGAGGUCAGUCUCGGCCGUCAGUGACACCUUUGCGACCUCUACCCCCACCAGGGGGAAACAUGUCUAAUCGUUCCUUUCCACCUCCUGGAGGACACACAUCAAUGAGUAACCACACAUCGAGACCGCUACCAACUCCAGGAGGAUCGUCUAGUCGUCCUUUACCAUCUCCCGGAGGAAAUUCCCGUCCACCACCUCCAACUGCAACGAUGCCACGGGGAGCCCCUCCCCCACCCCCCUCACGAUCGCUACCACCCACACCCUCGCAAUCAAGUGUGCGACGAGCAACUCCUCCAGCUCCUCCUGGUAGAACCACACCCACUUCUAGUCGACCCUUGCCCCCACCCCCCAGUGGUCAAAAUGCACCCCGCCCCCCAUCACGACACGAGGAGUCCACUCGUCCUGGACCUCCUCCACCCCCUGCACGGGAAAUCAGUGACUUGGGAUCCUCUAGUCGACCUUUGCCACCUCAACCACCCAGUAGAAACAGCAUGGUGAAUGAUGAUCACGGUGGAAGAUCAGCCCCCCCGCUCCCUCCAUCACGGUUUGGAGCACCUUCUCCGCCCACACGCAACCUUCCACCACCCCCACCUAGACAAACCUCACCUGUUGACACAGUCAAUAAGAGAAGAUCAAAUAUACAGAAUGAUGAUCGGCCGAGUGUGAGGAUGCCCCCUCCCCCUCCAGCAGGAUCAAGAGCAAAUGCAAACCCUACUAUGCCGAGGACACGCCCACCUCCCCCGCCCAAUAGAGGGAGUAUCAGUGGCGGCAGUGCCCCACCACGGAUCAGUGCACCGCCAGCACCACCGGCAAGAAACUUAGACGAUGAUUUUGCGAGCCGGUUUCAGUUCAAUAACUCUAUCCCCCCUCCUGAGAUCUGGAAACCUGGACCCAAGACGUACCCCAGCACGCAGGCACAGACCAAGCAGAAAACUGGAGGGGGUCCAGCCCGGAGAGCGGCUCCAGCCCCAGGAGGUAGCAGACCACCCCCUCCGCCACCAAGCCGAGAUGCUCCGCGACCUCCAGCCUUACCCCCUCGUUAGUAGAUGGACUAGUUAAUCACAAUCGAUUAUCUGUAGCCAUGUAUUUCCUUUUGUUUGUACCAACAGUGAGUUUGAUUUGUCAAUUCAUAAUUUAUGCUGUAUUAGCAUACAUGUAUGUACAUGUGUUUAGUUUCUGCACUGGACUGUAUAUUUAUGUGCACUCAUUAGAGCUCUGGUUUGUGUAUGGCAUUCUGUGUGUGCACUUUAUAGGAAGUUAGUGAUGAUUGUCUGGUCAAUAAAACUUGAUAAUGAA